AUGCCAGGUGAGACCGUUCUCGAAUGCCAAACCCCAGAUCAAGUGGAUGAACUGAUCAUCAAAACCGAAGAUGCCGAGAAGGAUGCAGGCCCGCGCCGAGAAAUUGUCGGCAUGCGGUCCCUGCUCGUCCGCACUGCCGUUUUCUCUGCAACCUGCUCUAUGGCUUGGGCAAUACCACUGUGGCAGACAUCCAGGGUCCCAUUGCCGGUGACUUUGACGAGUACAAUCGGCUCGCUUGGCUCCGGGUGGGCUUCACCUUGGGAUCGGUGGCUUUUAUUCUUCUGCUGGACAAAACUUACGCCAUAUUUGAUACGAAAUGGUUUUUUCUCGGCUGCUUGA